CUUCGGAGGCUGAGCAAGGGAGGGGAUGCAGUUUUUGCUACACUAUGGAGACUAAUUUGUGUUCAAGUUGAGCUCAUUCAAAGUACAAUGUUAAAAUGUUAGAUAACGUCGCAACGGUGAGCCAUGUCGAAAAAACUGGACAAACAUGAGCUGGGCCGUCCCAAGGGCAGCCGGCUGGCCCGCCGGGCGCGGUCCUUCAAGGAGGACAUCCUGGGCAAGAUCCACCAGAUGCGGGGGGCCUCGAUCCCGGGGGGCAGGGCCCAGUCCCCGCAGCAGACGCAGUCGCACCGGGCCAAGUCCAAGUCCAAGGAGUCCUGCCUGGACCUCCCCGACGGGCCGGACGGCGGGGCCCCGCAAACGAACUCCUCCCUGGGGUGGAUGAUGCCGUUGCAGGGUGACAUCCAAGUGAGCCAGGACAUGCGCCAGAUCUCCAACGCCCUGCGCUAUUUCCAAGACUCGGUGGAGAAGGACACCCUUGGCAUGCUGCCGGGGUCGGCCAGCAUCGUGCUCGAGUACGUGCUGCACCUCAUCUCCCUGCUCAAGAAGGACCUCAUCAACGACCAGAGCUCCGUGCUCAUCUCGACCACGAACCAAGUGUACCAGAGCUUGUCCCGAUUCGUCUCCUGGGCGGACGAGGUGAUGCUCAACCGGGAGCGGGCGACCAUGGAGGGUGUCAACGAGGUGGUCCAGUCCCUGCAGGACUCCCUAAAGGCCCUGGUGGAAGUGAGCCAGAAGUGCUCGCAGAAUAAAGACAACAAGAGCAAGCACGCUGGGGCAGGUACCCCCAAUGGCAUAUGCAGUUCAAAACCAGACAACAGCCACCGCAACUCGCUGCCAGAACUGCCGCUGACGCCGCGAGAGCGUCAGAUCUUGGAGUCGACCCGGAUCCCCGACGACGGAAUGGUGCUGGGCGUGCCGGUGGCCGGAGGGGGCAAGGGCCCUCUCUGCCACUCGGCCUCCUCGGACAGCAUUCUGAGCUCCGCCCUGCGGCCAGACUUCCCGCCCCCAAAACCGCCCCUCCCGCUCCUAACCUGGCUCCGACGGCGCAGCGGCAAGAGCGACGGCCGCUACCCGGCGGCGGACGGCCCUGCGCCCCCGCUUCCGCCCAAGAAGAAGUCGGGCGCCCUGAGCUCCAACUCGAACCUGCUGGACCCGGUGCUGCGGUCGCCCCUGUUUGGGGACUGGCAGGGCAAGGGCAGCCUGAGUGGGGCCAGCAGCCUGGACUCGUGCCUGCACCACUCAGCCGACGACCUGCUGGGCAUGGGCUCCCAGGCGUCCCCCCCCUCCACGCUCUGGAGCACGGCCCACCAGGUGACCACUCUGUUCGCCUCCAAGGUGAGCUACCAGAGCUUUGCCCACAACACGUGCUCGACGUCGGUCAGCAGCCGCAGCGACAGCGUGGACCAGCUCCUCAGCCACUCGUCCUCUUCCACGCACGUCUCGGCCCUGCAGCAGAUGGACAGGACCCUAGCCUCUCUGAGCCACCAGUCCUUUGAGCUGAAGGCCUCAUCUCUUGGAGAUCCGCUGGCUCAUCGUUUUCCUGACGACAAGCCAGCACUUCCCGCGAAGCAGCGCUCCGCCAAGGUCAGGACGCCCUCCCAGUACGACAACGUUUCGGACGCCGAGGACACCAUGGACAGCCUGGGCGGGAAGGAGUGGCACUGGGCGCGGAGCGACACCUUGCAGUCAGAGAAGGGCAGCCACGAGCCCUCGUGUCCGCACCACAGCUGCCUGCCCUGCUCGCCCUCCAGCAACAACGUCGUCGACUUGGAGGACAGCCGGCCGCCCCCGCUGCCUCCCAAGAAGAAGAUGAUCAUGGAGUACAUCCAGACGUUUGGCGGCUACUCCCAGCCGGAGACGGACUUCUUCAACAGCAGGAUCCAGUACUCGUGCCGAACGACCCACUACAAGCAGACGCACUUCACCAGCCUGGGCAGCGACGACUUCCUCGCAAGCCCCGGCCUCCUGCACGACUUCGCUUCGCCACUGCAAUUUGAACUGGGUUCUCCGCCCGCUCUGCCCCCAAAGAAGAACAGGAGUAGUUCCCUCGGUGUCCAGGAGAACAACAUGCUGCUCCCUUCGCGGCAGUCGUACACGUCCCUCGGUUCCGGAGGUUGCUUGGAUGUGGCCCAGCCGAUGAAAGCGAUGGAAGAUAUGCUGCCUGAUGAGAAUGGAGAGAGCAUGAUGGACCAGCAAGAUGUCAGCGAACACCUCAUCUUCAGCGAUAAUCCUGAUGAUGUGAGGGGACUCAAGGGAGGCCCGGUAGAUGCCUUGAUUAUUCAUGCAACCGCCGUGCGGGAAAAUGUUGACAAGGAGUACUACUACCAGGAGGCCUUCCUGACGACGUACAAGAGCUUUGUGAGCCCCAUGGCGCUGGUGAGCAAGCUCAUCUACCGCUACAACAAGUUCAUCCAGUUCUCGGACACGCGCCAGAAGUACGCCCGCUGGGCGUUCUCCCUGCUGGUGCGCGUCGUGGAUGACCUCGGGCUGAGCGAUGCCGGGGAGGAGAUGGUGCGGCGGCUGACGUCCUUCUCGCACCAACUGGUGGAGCGGGGGGACUUGAGCCUGGCAAGGGCUCUCCGGGCCAAGGUGGUGGAGAAGUGGGAGGCCCACGCACGGCUGCGCAGCUGGGGGCCCUCUGCGGGGGGCCUGUCCGACCUGCGGGUCACCACCCAGCCGGCCACCCUGCUCCACUUCAAGUCCGAGCUCCUGGCCGAGCAGAUGACCCUGCUCGACGCCCACCUCUUCCACAAGAUCGACAUCUCCGAAGUUCUUAUUUGGGCAAAAGAGCAAAAUGAAGAAUCAAGUCCAAACCUGACGAAGUUCACGGAGCACUUCAACAAGAUGUCCUACUGGGCUCGGUCGUGCAUCCUGAAGCAGAACGACGCAAAGGAGCGUGAGCGGGUGGUCGUGAAGUUCAUCAAGAUCAUGAAGCACCUGCGCAAGAUCAACAACUUCAACUCCUACCUGGCCAUCCUGUCUGCGCUGGACUCUGCCCCCAUUCGGCGCCUCGAGUGGCAGAGGAACAUCACAGAGGGUCUGAAAGAGUACUGUGCCCUGAUUGACAGUUCGUCGUCCUUCCGUGCGUACAGACAAGCCCUCUCGGAAACAACGCCUCCCUGCAUCCCAUAUAUUGGUCUGGUACUGCAGGACCUGACGUUUGUGCACGUGGGCAACACGGACUACAUUACGGACUCUAUCGUUAACUUUUCAAAGUGCUGGCAGCAGUUUCAUAUUCUGGAGCCCAUGAGGUGCUUCAAGAAAAAGCCAUUUUCAUUCAAGCGCAACGAGCAGAUCAUUGACUUCUUCAACAACUUCGAAGACUACCUGUCCGAGGACGCCAUGUGGGAGAUUUCGGAGAACAUCAAGCCCCGCGCGGGCCAGAAGAAGAAAGACUACAGCUGAGUCCGCCCUCUCUUUUCCACCCCACUUCACUGCUCUCGCCUCCUGCGUUGGGACCUGCAUCUUUCGGCCAGCCUACCUACAGCUACCUUAACGAAGCCGCGGCCCUUGCGUCCAACUUAAUUUUACCAUUUCGUUUGCUCCUCGCCCAACGAGUGUGCGGAAAGGAAGCUUGCACUCUACACAGGCCUCGCAGAGGGCAAAGUUGUCGUUCCUCUCAAAGGCACGUUUUACUGGUUACAGUAGUUUUACUCUAUUCCAUCUCGCAGAUUUCGACAAGGCAGACAAAGGAACGGGCGCGUGUGUCUGGUAUCUUAGGGCGAGGCUUCGUUAAUACGAGAACUCGCGCAUGGCGGGUACACGGCGUGCGCAGUUAGCGCAAACACGGCAUCGGCUCUUUUUCGCGUUUUACUUAGAAGGGGUAUCGGCGAGCAUUGAAUAUUACGACCUGGAUUAACGCUUCGAAUGAGCACUUUCCAGCACCAGUAGUCUUGGCAGAGGCCUUCCGGUUCUAAUAGAAAAACGGAAAAACCUGGCGAUCGCUUGUCUGUGCUGACAGUGUCACUCUGUCUACCUUCCGAAGUCAUGUUCCCGCACUGCAGAUGUUUGGGAGAUGUGGAGCUUACAACCGCAGAUCUUGACUCGCCAUACAAAGUAUACGAGAAAGUGAAGCCAUAAUAUUUUUUAUGCUGAAGGGGGCAGACCAAACACUAGUCACAUUUGCAUGCGGCCCAAUAAGAUGGUGUCGCUCUUCUCGACGGGUGCUUGGCACUUAUUGGCACCAGUUAUGCCAGCUUCCAGAGGCACGUCAAAGUGUGGCAGUCGUGCUCUAUUAUUUUAUAAGCUCUUCGCCGGUCAUUGGAAACAUCAUUUUCAUUUUCUACUUUUUAUGCAACAUGUCCAGGC